AUGACCCGCCUCAGCAGGAUUAGCGGUGUGUCCCUCGACAUCCAAGAGUCCAAGGUCGAGUCACCCCGCCAUGCCAAGGCCCUGCAGCUCUGGGCGCUCGGCAUUGGCGCUGUCAUCAGCGGCGAAUACUACGGCUGGCAGUCGUCGCUUGUCGCUGGCUUCAACGGCAUGCUCAUCGUGCUGUCCAUGACGACGGUGCUGUAUGUGACGCUCUCCUUCUCGCUCGCCGAUGGACUUGCCGAGACGCUGAAAGUGAUCGCCGUCAACUCGUCAACCUUCUACACCAUCUACUCGUACCUCCAGACGCUGUUCAACGCGUCCUUCCGGAUGCAAGCAUGCUCCACGACGCUCUGCGUCCUGUUGCUGCUUAUCAUGUUCGGCUCCGCCAUCCCUCACCUGGACUACAACCAUUGGGUCCUCCCGCUUGCGAGCGAGGAGACCAUCGAGCCUGCAAAGAACGUCCCGCGCGGUUUGCUCAUGUGCAUCUCGACACUCGCGGUCCUGUCGUUCGGCACGGCCAUC